AUGCAAGCUGACCCAUCACCCCAAAAUGAUCAUCAAGAAAAAAGUUUGCAACCAAGCGUUUUCCCUCCAUUGCCAGAUGAGCCUUAUGAUGCUCGCCGGACCGAAAAGCACAGCUCAGUGAUCCCAAUCAAGACAGGAGAGGAGAUUGUGUGUAUAUCUUCUGUUCUGCAAGUUGCCUGGACAAUUGUGGUUGCGGCCUACACAAACUCAAACAAUGUCGUCUUCGGUCUAUGUGGAAAACGCUCAGCCAACCCGGUUUCGGCUGUGCAAAUGACUAUUCAACCAGAGCAGACAGUACGUAAGCUGUUGAAGCUACUGAGUACCGAACGCGAUGUCAUGUCUCCGCUUUCUGAAUCAGAAUUACCAACAAGUUCUGUGUUUCCAAAUAUCUUGGUCAUAAAGAAUGACAUUGAAGACUGGACAAGCACCAGCCCACCAAUUGUAACAAGCGGUGGUCAUUUCGAUACUUGUCCUUUGCUGUUGACUGGCGUGGACCAGCAAACCGAGAUUCAUAUGCGUUUCGACUUUGACCCAGUGAUCCUCUCAACAACACUGUCACAGAUAGUGAUGGAUCAAUUGGUCCAUAUUGUGAAUUGCAUACAGACCGACCCGGAAAUCCAAUUGAAAACUCUUCUUGAUAUUUCACCCAAUGGACUCAAGGGGGACGAAUCGUCGAACUCUCGUCUUCAGCUGCGCAGACAGGAACUGGGUCUACAUGAUGUAAUUACAAAAAGCGAGGAAAACAAAAAUGCCCCGCCUUUGUGCGAUUGGGACGGAAAGUCAGACCAGUCGCAGCUAUCAGCAGUGGCAUGGACGGAAACUACUGGAGAUUAUGUUGCGAAGGGAGACAAUACUCCUCCCACAAGCCGCGAUUCAUCAAUUUCUCCUUGUGACACGAUCUUCGAAAAGCAACCUGAAGAAAAUACCAACCAAGAUUCAGCCACGACAUCUCCUGAGAGCAUGUCAGGCACUUUCAAAUGCACGCAAACACAGCAAUGGCUACUCAACAACCACGAGGGGGGCUGCUUUGUUCUGGAAUUCUCCGGGCCCUUGGACUCUUCAAGGCUUGAAGAUUCAUGCCAACGUCUCCUGGAGUCCCAUACUGCACUCCGGUCUGUUUUUACACGGGUUGACGAAACAUUAGUACAGACUGUACUCAAAAAAUUUGAUCUUCCUUUCACCGUGCAUACCGACGCGUCUCAACAUCCGAUAUCAGUUGCCCAUAACCUGUGCACAGUCAAUCCCGAAAACACCUUCCCUCUUGGUACACUUCCCCUGUGUUUUACUCUAAUCACUGGAGUCAGAAACCAGAAUGCUCUGAUGAUCCAACUAUCACAUGCUCAAUAUGACAGUGUCUGUCCCGAGACUUUGGUUUCCGAUCUGUGUCAGCUCUAUCAAGACCCGACAAAUGCUGUCAGCUCAACGGAAUAUGCUCUGUUCGCGCACGAAGUCACCAAGCAACAAACUCCCGAGGCAUUUGAAUUCUGGAGUAUUCUUCUUUCGGGCUCAAGUAUGACCGAAAUACCAAACACCGCGCCGGAAAUGCAGUCAAAGAAUACCAUCUUACGAUGCUCAACUAAAGUCACUAUUCCAUCCUUGCCUAGUGGAAUCACCAUGGCGAGCAUGGUCAAAGCAGCCUGGUCAAAUGUCCUCCGACUAGAGUCAGGGGACGAUGACGUUGUCUUCGCCCAGCUUGUCAAUCUGCGCAAUCUGAACGUACCAGAUGCACACCGCAUCAUCGGUCUGUGCUCAAACCGAGUGCCUGUUCGAGUGCAGUAUGGGCAAUGCAAAACAACACUAGAUCUCCUCCGAGCUAUUGAGGACCAAAACACACAGGCAACUCCCUUCAGAGCUGCCGAGUGGGAGCACGUUGUAUCUCGCAGUACCGACUGGGUCGCGGGCUCUAAGCCGCAGAAUCUGUUGAUACAUCAGGAUCUUUCUGAGAAGACUGAGAUCCAGAUAGGAGAGGACCUGCGCUGUAAUUUGGCCGAUUAUAUUCCCAUUGAACCCACUGAUAAUUCUUUGAAGCUUAUCUCGGAGCAACUGCAAGGUGGUAUGCUCAAGUUGACACUGGCAUAUUCUAGCCACUUCGUUCCGGAAUGUGGGAUCAACGGCUUGUUGGGAAAGCUACGCAACACGUUGAUGCAUUUCACUGCUGUCCCAGAAAGCCUGCUGGAUUUGUGA